AUGUUUCGAGGACUGAAGAAGAAGAUCGAGAGCGAUCAGAAAGCUAAGAUUGUGUUUUCUCCGAGUCGUGUCGAAGCUAAACCCGGAGGUCCAGUUCGUCUGAGUUCGACGUCGGAAAGAGAAGACGAAAAUGAAGUCGAACAAACAUCAUUGGGAAUUUCUAUACACUCCAAUGAAGACGACAGUCAUAGAAAUUUUGCGGAUGGCAAGAAUGAUUUACAAAAGGAAACAAGGACUUCUGAAAUUUUUAUGGAGGAAGAAGUAGCUAUAAGAGACAAACAAAUAGAUGACCUAAAGAAAGUCGUAGGCCUCUUGGAGCAGAAAAUAAGUGAUUUACAACAGGAGGCUUUGGUUUAUAAGAGCGGUAGUGUGCCCAGUUCGGACUAUGAAGCAGCAGUAUCCACAGCAAACGAGCUAGGGCAGAAAUGCAGGAAGAUGCAAGAUCAAUUUGAUAUGGAAUCGAAAGACAAAUUGAAAUGCAAUGAACAGCUACGCCAACAGAUCACAUCUCUUCAAGCGGAAAUUGAAAAACAAGGAAUACAUUUGACUACUAUAGAGACCAAUCUAGAAGACUCUCGACAUCGAAGUAGAUUACUUCAGCAAGAGCUUGAACUCAAAGCAACAAACUUAAUGAAAGUGACAACGGAGCUGCAGACAGCACACGAGUCUGUUAACGAUCUGCAGUCACAACUUUUAGUGACACAAAGAAGUAACACUGAAUUAGAAAGAAAGCUGGAAAAUGUAAAGAAUCAACACCAUUCAAGUGCAGAGGAGCUUCAGGAAAGAAUCCAACUGCUUGAACAGAGACUCAAAGAUACAGAAAUGUCAGACAGUGAUCAUGUUCAGGCUGUUCUAAAAGAGAGGGACGGUCUUGAGUUAACACUUUCAGAAACAAAGAGUCAGAUAGCUCAACUUGAGAUGCAACAUCGUGAAGACAUUGCCCAUCUGAAGUCACAGAGUGAGUCACUUGUACAAGAACGAAGAGUGGACCAGUUUAGUAUCAGAACGCUAAACGAUGAAGUGAAGCAGCUGCAACUGAAGCUGUCCGACUUGCAAGAGGCUCGAGAUAGAGACUCUCAAAAUCACAAUAACACUAUAACUGCAUUGUGUGAGAAGAACAAGGAGCUGGUAUCUAGCUGUGAUUCCCACCAAGCAGCAAGGGUCAAACUAACAGAAGAAGCUGACCAGCUUCGAGCAACCGUAGAGACUCUAAAGGAAGCGAACCGGACAACUUCGACUGCUUCUCGUACUGAGCUCGAAGACAUGCAACGAAAGCACAUGGAAUUGCAGCAGUCAGUAAAGGUCAGGAUACAACAGAUUGAUCAACUGAAAGAGGAAAUUCAACAGAAGGAUGAGCUGAUAUUAAAAGCCGAGGACACUAGUCAACAAAUGUCAGAGCAGUCAGAGAGGAAUGUAGAGAGGUUGCAACAGUGUCUGCAAGAUCGACAAAAGGAAGUUGAAACUCUUCGGCAGCAAGUGGCUGAUGCAUCUGCAGUGCAUGAACGAAAUGCAACAGACAAGCAAAGGACAAUUGAAGAGCUGUAUGAACAAGUGCAAUCUCUUGAAGUAAAGCUUGAACAGCAAGAAAGAAAGGCAGAGACUUACCAGCCAGCUACUUUGAACAUUCAACAAGAUUCGACAACAGACUGGCAGCAACAGAUGGAUCGGCUGCAGCAGGAAAAGACAGACUUAGAGGAGCAGUUGUUAGAGAAAAACAAGGCACUCAAAACUCAGCAGCAGAGAAUGGCAGACUUGAAGAAAACACUUCACAGAGAGCUAAAAGUUCAGACAUCAGCGGAUGGUAAAACAGUUGAAUAUGAUGGACGAGAUGUGAACUUUGAGUAUCUGAAGUAUGUUAUUCUCAAGUUUUUGUGUAGUCAAGCUCAUGAGGCUCGACAGUUAGUGAAGGCGAUUUCUACCCUGCUACAGUUAACUGCUGGUGAAGAGAGACUUGUCAUUGACUGGCUUGAUUACAAAACCUCAUGGUUUGGGUCAGUGCCUCACUCACCAUCAGUCAAGAAAUCGAGUUGACAGUAGGGAUUUUGUAUAAAACAGAAUAUUUAUGAAGACUCUAAAGAGAUAGUGAAACAAAUCUUUAUAUUCUAAUUAAUUUAAUUAACAGUUAGAUAAAUAAUUGACUCAAAGUUAUUUGGAGGAAAGUUUGACAAUAGUGAAUAGUGACAAAUUUGACAAACAAAUCAGUCAGUCAA